AUGGGUCAAUGCACAUCAAAGCAAGUGAGGCGUAAAGGGUUGGGUGGUUCUUCUUCUUCAAGUUCAUCUGGAGGUGGAGGUGGAGGUGGUGGCUGUGCAGUGAGGCAAGGAUGUUGGAGCAUGAUCAGAGAGAAAAGGUCCAGGUUCUAUAUUGCUAGGAGGUGUGUGGUGAUGCUUCUUUGUUGGCACAAAUAUGGCAAGUAUUAA